CAUGUGCGCUGUCAACAUGGCGGGGAGAAAAUGUCUUACAGAAUUGAAACCCUCUGAAAAAAGACUCAACUUCGGUACGCUUCUGACCUUUUUUAUGAUAAACUCGGCCGUUUCUGCACACCCGGGAGUCGAGAGCAAAGUGCUGUCAGUCGCUGACGCUAACUGGACGCAGAUCCUCGAAGGAGAAUGGAUGUUAAUGUUUUACGCCCCCUGGUGUCCAGCCUGUCAGCAGAUAAAGGAAGAUUGGGAAGCCUUUGCCCAACAGGGCUCUGCCCUGGGCGUAUCAGUGGGCCAAGUGGACGUCACACAGCAGCCAGGCUUAAGCGGCCGAUUCCUGGUCACAACGCUGCCCACCAUUUUUCAUGCCCGGGAUGGGAGUUUUCGGAGGUACCUGUCUUCGCGGGCGGUUGAGGACUUCCAGAGCUACAUCAUCGAGAGGAAGUGGGAGGCUGUGGAGCCCGUGCCAGGAUGGAAGUCACCAUCCUCUUUUGUCAUGACAGGAAUGGCUGGCCUCUUUCAGCUGUCUGUGUGGAUCAGACAAAUCCACAGUUAUCUGACGGAGACGCAGGGCCUACCAGUGUGGACGUCCUACCUUAUAUUUGCUGUGGUCACACUGUUAACAGGACUCCUCCUGGGUCUGGUUCUGGUUUUGAUAGCUGACUGCCUGUGUCCAUCGAAACCAAAACAUAAAACUGUGAAAGCAGAGGAAGUUAUGAAGGAUGACCUGUCUGAUGAGGAGGUUGAGGGUGCCCCGAUCGAAGAGAAGGGGCCAUCUGACACGGAAAAUGAGAACGAAAAUGAGAACGAAAAUGAGAACGAGAACGAGAACGAGAACGAGAACGAGAACCAGUUAUCUGGUGACGAGUCUGCCGGAGAGGAGACCCUGCCCGUAGCGGAAGCGGCUGAUGCUGCCGAUGACCAGCUGUCAGAGGGGGCGACAGAGAGCACAGUAAGACAGAGGAAACCCCAGGGUGCAAAGCCAUUAGAGGAGGAGACCUAAGUGGUGUGCUUCUCUGCAGGCCCUUCUACGGGCGUUGGAAAGAAGACUCAACCCCAUGCAUGCAGGUAGGGAGGUCCUAGUGGCACACGCCAGCUACAGAAUGUCCUCCGUCUCUUAAAGUAAGCUCAGCCUGUUGCUCCUCCCCUUGCCUGCUCUUCUGUGUGUGGGUGGAUGUUGGUGUGGGUGUGGGUGUGUGUGUGUGUGUCCUGUCAGUGUCUUUUCUGCAAACACAACGUUAUAGAAUUAUUGGAUCCAAUUUGACUCAUAGGAGCUGAUUGGGGAGGUUCAAAAUCACUGCUGCCCCAGGAUGACCCAGUGUAAGGCUUUCCUGGGUCUUGA